AGCUGUGGUGGAGCAGGUGAGCUCUGCGACAUGGCCAGUGGCAAGACCCCCCGGCCCAUGAGGUCCUCCAGAAGGGCGGAUGGAUUCCAGAGCAGAGUGGUAGCAUCUCGUAAUCCCAAGCUGGUCAGAGAGGCAGAAGAGUCUCUCAGCAGCAAGCAAAGGCUGGCGAGGCCUCGGGAGAUGAGGCGGCCCCGGACUGCCCAGCUUCGGGACAUGGGUGAAGUCUGCCAUCAAAAGUUCUCAGCCGUUGAGCGGGACCAGAGGUCGUUCCAGCCUUUCCCAUCCGAGGUGGUGUUUGAGAACUACAUUCCCCACCAGUUCUACAUAGCGUCGCUAGCUCUGAGGAACAAAGACAGGGUUCCUCGUCUGCUGAACGUCAUCCUGGGGAACUCUCCUUACUUUGAGUUGAUCAGCCCAAGUGAUGAGGACUAUAAGGUAGCCCCGGGCACGUCUUCAACCUACCGCAUCCUUUUCCGACCUGAUGAGAACAAGGAUUAUUUUGAGGAGCUUAUCAUCAUCACAGAGAGGGAGAAGUUCUUUGUGCCUAUCCGAGCCAUAGGUGCCCGAGCCAGCCUGGACUUCCCUGAGCAGCUGAACUUCUCUGAGUGUCCAGUCAGGUUCAGCACCCAGAAGACUCUGCUGGUGCGCAACGUGGGGAAGCGGGAGGCUUGCUACAGCAUCACCACUCUGAGCCCUUUCUCUGUGGAUCCCUCCAUUGGGACUCUUGGCGUUGGAGAAGCGAUGCAAGUCACGGUGGAAUUUCACCCACCAAAGACCGGUGUUUAUACAAGUCCCAUGAUUGUUCACUAUGACACAGGUGAAGAUGUUCACAAAAGCCUCUGUGGAACAGCUGUAAAUGCUGACAUCAGGCUUGACAAGAGCUCCUUGACAGUUGAGAAGACUUCCCUCACGCUGUCAAAGCAAAGUUCCCUGGUCAUCCACAACCAGAGUGGCAUCACGGCCCACUUUCAGUGGAAGCUUUUUGUUGAUGAGGAAGAGGAGGAGCGGCAGAAGCUGAGGCUGCAGAGGCAGGAAGAGGACAAGCUGGUUGAUGUUCCUAAGGAGCACGGGGUGGUCCCCCCUCUCAGAGAACACCCUUCCCUUCCCGUCUGCACCUCCCAGAACCAGGGGACAGAGGUGCAGGGAGACUCCACGCCUUUCUGCAGUGAUAUUUUCACCAUUGUGCCCAUGGAGGGAGAUAUCUUGCCAAAUUCUUCACUUGAAAUCAAUGUGAUCUUUAAGCCCAAAGAAGCCAGAGUCUACCAAGAGGCAGCCUACUGUGACAUCUCAGGCUGUGAGACCAGGCUGCCCCUGUGCAUCAGCGGGGAAGGCGUCGGGCCCCAGGUGGAACUCAGCUGCGACCAGCUGAGCGUCGGGAAGGUGUUUGUUGGCUCAAGCCACAGCUGUGGGGUGCUCCUGCUCAACAGAGGAGUUCCUGAGGCUCCCUUCAGCGUGGUGUAUCCGGAGAGAGCUCUGGACUCCUGCUACGAGGUGGCUCUGCGUGGGGAGGCCGCAGGCAUCAGCUACCUCCUGGACACCACCGAGAUCGACUGUGGGCUGCAGGGUUACAUUGAACCUGGCAAGCAGCAAGUGCUGAAAGUCUAUUACCUGCCAGGAGUGCCUGGAGUCUUCUGCAGGGCUUUCCAGAUCCAAGUGGGUCACCUGGAGCCAGAAAAAGUCUGCCUGAAAGGAGAAGGGACCUUUCCCAGGAUCCACUUGGACCUGCCCAGGAACAUCAAAGGCAACGCCAAAUAUGAGAAGAUCCUCCAAAAGGCCCAAGAAAAGCUGGACAAAGGCAGCCAGAGAGACGAGGCCAUUGCUCUGGGGGAGGCUGUGGCAGCCGAGCCCUGCAUGGACGACUCGGGCACCAUGAUCAGCUUUGAUAACUGGGCAGGAAGAGACACUGGAGUUCAUUUCUUUGGAGCUAUGAUCCUGCCUGAGAGAGCAGGAAGUGUCCCAGACACUGAGCAAGCUGAGCUGCCCGAAUACAUCCUGGACCUUGGCUAUGUUGUUCCCGGUGACAUCCACACACACACGGUGAAGAUCACCAACACCGGGCACUUCCCCGCAUCUUUCCGUGUCGAUGGAUAUGUCCUGUAUAACACAGGCUUCAGCGUGUGCCUGCAGCGUGUGAAGCGCCUGCCGUCCUGUGAGAGCAAGACAUUUGAAGUGUGCUUCGACCCACAAAGUGCCAACCUGCCCGUGGGAAAAGUGGAUGUGCUCCUGCCCAUCAAGAAGUGCUACCGGGGCGAGCUGCAGAUCCAGGUUUGCCAGAGCAGCCAACGCCUGCAGCCCCUACGGACACUGAAAAAUGACAACAGCCCCAACAGCUUGUUGCUGCCUCCGUGUGCCCCAGGAGAGAAGCUGAAUGCUGAGGCCCAAGGAAGGGGCAUAAAAAUGAAGGUUGACGUUGUGGAUCCACCAGGAAAGGUGGUGAAGCUGGGAAACAUCUGCAUUGGACAGACGGUGAAGAAGAUGGUCACUGUAGCCAACAAGAGUGCAGCCCCUCUCACCUUUAAGCUGAGGGUCACGUCCACCGUGCCAGAGUUGCAGGAAGCUGGGGUUCUGUGCUUGAAGCCCAGCAAGGAUCUAAAGCUGAAGGGCAGAGGAGACACCUGCAAAGUGGAGGUGACCUUCUCCCCGAAGCGCCGCAUGCAGCCGUUCAGCGGGGAAGUGCUGCUGGAGUGCCGCGGGCUGGUGCGCUCCCUCUGUGUGGUGCGGGGCUCCUGCCAGGGCAGCCUCGUGAGCCUGGACCAGGACCAGCUCAGCUUUGGAGCCGUGGUGCAGCAGAGCUACACGUGCCGGCGCGUCGUCAUGCGGAACGCGGGCGACACGAGAGUCAGGUUUAUGUGGGACGUGGAGAGCUUCAAGCCAGACUUUUCCAUCAGCCCCACAAAGGGUUACAUCAGCCCAGGGAUGGAUGUCCCCUUGGUUGUGACCUUCCGCCCCUCGAAGCUGAGCCAGGCUGUCCAGUACGAGGGGCUGCGGUGCUUCAUCCAGGGCAGUGAGGCGCUGUGGCUUACGCUGGCAGGAUCCUGCGUGGAGGACCCUGGCCUCAAAGAGGGCAGGAACUGA